AUGUCGUCCAUGCAGCAGCGCAAAAAUGAGAUCUUGGCAAAAAAGGCUAAGCUGGCUGAGCUGAAAAAGCAGCGCGAGCUUCGCCAGAGGGAGUUCACCAGUAAUCGGAACAGUGUCGGGGAUGCUUCAGAGAUUGCGUCCCCAGUGCCCAGUCACUCUGGAAGUAGAGCUGAGCUUGAUGAGCUAAUUACACGUCUGGUGGACCGCCCCGGGUCUGCUACCAUCAGCCAUGCAUUCGAGGGUCAAUCUGGGAAGGGCAGCCGCCCGACUUCGGUCCUGAGUGCCAGUCAAUUGAGUGGAGAGAAUGCCGAAACCAAUACCCCUUCAUCGCUGCGACCGCAGUUGAAUUCUAUUGCCGUACAGACCGUGCACCCCGCACCCCCUGAACCCAGACCAGAGAUUGUCACAUACAGCAAAGCCGUUCAAACAGAUGUAUUGGCCACGCAAACAGAGUCACACGAUGGCUCUGUUGCUUCGGAUAAUGAAGACCCAGCUGAUACGACGCUGUCAAGCAAGCGGCUGAGCCGACGAGGUAGAGAGCGGGAUGAUGAAAUCAGACAAAAGAUUCGCAAGGAAAUUGAGGAGGAGCUUCAGGCAGCCGAGCUGGAUGCAAAUGCGGCUUCGACUACGCAGGCUGCCCAACUACGAUAUCCGUUACGUUCACUCGAUGACGAUGAGUUGAAGGCUGUUACUUCUUCGGACGAAUUCCUGGACUUUGUGGAACGAUCAUCAAAGGUUAUCGAGAGAGCUCUAGACGAAGACUAUGACGUUCUUGCAGAUUACGAGUUGGGGGGCGUGGAUGGAGGCUUGGAGGAAGACGAGGAGACUGGCAAGAAACGGAGAGGCAUCCGGGAAGUGUGUCAGUUCUGGGAUGAACGUUGGAGCAAGAAGCGUAUGGUCACCGACAUAAGCUUUUCCCAAAAGUUCCCUGAAUUGGUUCUUGCAUCUUACACCAAGAACCCUUCUGCUCCUCAUGAACCGGAUGGACUCGUUCAAGUCUGGAACCAACAUCUACAAUCCCGCCCCGAAUAUGUCUUCCACUCAACCUCCGACAUUCUCACAGCCAAAUUUUCUCCCUUCCACCCGAACCUCAUCGUUGGUGGCUCAUAUUCAGGUCAAGUUCUCCUAUGGGACACUCGUUCCUCGCGCAUGGGUGGAGGAGCGCCUGUGCAGAAGACUCCAUUGACUGGAUCCGGACAUACCCACCCAGUUUACAGCAUCUCAAUCGUCGGCACUCAGAACGCACAUAACAUUUUGACAGCCUCCACCGAUGGAGUGGUCUGCGGUUGGACCGUAGACAUGCUCUCCCAGCCACAAGAAUAUCUUGAACUGACGACACCUCCCCCGUCCAAGACGGAAGAUCUCGCACCAACCACCAUGUCCUUCCCACAGUCUGAUCCCACAUUCUUCAUUGUGGGUACCGAGGAAGGUGGUAUUUACCCUUGCCAUCGAUAUGACCGAGCCGGGGCCAAGGCUGGUACCGAUCACCGUCUCGCGUACCGGGGCCACGCAGCACCUAUCAUGUCUACCGCAUUCCACCCUGCGCGGGGUCCUGUUGACCUGGGUGAUCUGAUGCUCAGCUCCAGUCUAGACUGGAGCGUCAAGCUCUGGCGCGUGCGGCCGCCAGCCACCACUGCGUCCGCCACCUCUACCGUGGCUUCCGCUCAAGUUGUGUCUCCUAUUUUGGACAUCACCCGGGAAGAUGUGGUCUAUGAUGCACGCUGGUCCCCACACCGACCGGGUGUAUUCUCCCUCGUCGACGGUGCGGGCAACCUCGAAGUUUGGGAUCUUUACACGGAUACCGAGGUUCCAGUGGUUAAGACCACUCCCUCGCGUGGCCCUGGUGCGGUUAUGUCCCGCAGUCUCAACAAGGUUGCGUGGGAGGAGCGAGAAGGCCGACGCCUGGCCACUGGUGGGGUCAACGGAGUGGUGACUGUGUUUGAAGUGGGCAAGGGCCUUGGUGGACCUGCGGAAGAGGUGCCCUCUGACGAGUGGAUGGGUAUGAAGCGGUUAUUGGGGAAACUGGAACAGAAAGAUCGGGUGGCUUGA